UGUGGCAUCCGCACAACCAUUGGGACUGAGCAGGGAGAGGCUGCAGGAGGACUGGCCUCCUUGCCCAAAGCCUCUGCCAGCCCGGCUGCCCCACCCAGGACCCCCCAAACGGGCGAGGCUCGUACGUGGGCACCGCCAGCAUCACAGCACAGCCGAACUGCCGCCUGGAGCCUCAGUGCCCGUAAGUCAGCCCCUCGCGGCCAGGUCGGAUCUGGUGCGAAGGGAAGAGGUGGAAGGCAGAGAACACCUGCCCUGCAAGAUGCUGCAGGGCCUGCUGGCCCCCCUCCUCCUGGCUGCCUCGGUUGCUGCGGUGGCAGCCAUGCCUCCCCCCGAGCAGUGCACGUCCGAGAUGAACAAGGCCAAGGACCUGCUGGAGGUGAGUUGUGUGGACAAGGGGCUGACCAGCGUCCCCUCCGGGCUGCCCAAGGACACGGGCAUCCUGCUCCUGGCCGACAACCAGCUGGCCCAGGUUGCCCUGGCCUCCUUCCAGCACCUGCCGGAGCUGAGCAAGCUGGACCUGUCCAACAACAGCCUGGAAGUCCUGGAGACCGGCGCCCCCUUGCCCAAACUUGAAGAGCUGCUCCUGUCCCACAACGGCCUGGAGAGGCUGCCUGCUUUCUCAGGGCUGCCCGCCCUGAAGCGUCUGAACCUGGGGCACAACCGUCUCUCCUGGCUGCCUGAGGGGGGCUUCCGUGACCUGGACAAGCUGGAACGGCUGCACCUGCAGGCCAACCAGCUGCAGACCCUGCCCGGAGGAGCCUUCGAAGGCCUGGAGGAGCUGAUGGAGCUGGACCUGUCGGACAACCGUCUGGAGGUGCUGCCUGCGGAGCUGCUGGCCGAGCUGUCCAACCUGGAGCUGCUGUAUCUGGAGAGGAACCGGCUGCAACGCCUGCCGGACGGCUUCUUCUCUGAGGAGGCCGUGUAUGUCUACAUCUACCUGGUGGGGAACCCCUGGCUGUGCGACUGCCGGCUGCUGUACCUGCAGGGCUGGAUCACGAACAACUCGGGCGUCAUCUACACUCGCACGAAGGUGCGGAUGCAGAGCGACCUAGAAAAGGAGGUCACAGAGAGCAGGGUCACGGACGUCCUUUGCCAGGCGCCCCCCGAGCGGAAGGGCCUCCCCGUGGUGAAUUUCACAAGCGACGCCUGCAAGACACUCAGAGAUGAUGACGACCAUGAGGGGAAAGAAGACGAAGGAGGCCCUGCAGAUGACAGCUGGGCAUCCUCUCCGGCCCCCUCCCCUUUGACCUCCACAGCCGCUGCCCCCUCGGCUUCAGGGCCCCUUGCAGCCUCCUCGCACAGCUCAAGCACAGCCAUCAGCCCCACCGGUGCCGCCCUCACAACCACAAGCACUUCAGCGGUUAGACCCACAACUACACACUCCUCUACAGCCACCAGUCCUGCUCCCCUCACCACUUUUAAUGGUCUCACCACAACCGCAGCCAGGGUCCCUUUCGGCCCCUCCCCCACUGGCGCCACUGUGGGGAGGUCGCCUGCAAUGUCCGAUGUCCCCAUGAAACUGCCAGGCCCCUCAACUGCCCACGUCCCACCCUCCACCCCCCAGCCCCUCCCACCCCCCACAACCCAGCCCCAUGUCCCCACCACGACUUCUUCCACCCCUUUUGCUUACAGCCCCACUGCCUUGAUGCUCCCCACCCCUCUCCCUCCAAGCCCAGCUCCUCCAACGGCAGCCGCAGCCGGGCCUCCUCCAAGCACUGCAGCCCUGGUCCCCCCCACCCCCGCCCGAAGCUCACCCAGGAUUUCUGCUCCCGUUUCCACCCACGGCUUUUCUCCCCCACCUCCCCCCAAGCCCUCCGCCCACUGUCUCUGCCCUGCCCUGCCCGUCAGGGUGCUCGGCGUGGCUGCUCGUAAGGGCUCCCCCGCAGAUUGGCUGGCUGGCUACUGCUGCCUCCUGCGCCUGGUGCUCUACCUCGCCUGCCUGGCGUUGGUGGCCGUGCCAACCCUGGCUGUGCUCUGCUGUCUGGGCUGGCUCUACCUGGGCUGGUACCGCCUGGCUCUGCGAGGGGCUCCAGGGUCCCGUCUGGCCAGGUCCCGGCAGCGGCAGAAGGCCUCCCCCAAAGAGCGGCGGCUGAAGUUUGCCGAAGCCCCCUAUCCCACAAGCGGGCCCCGGAUCUACCGGGUCUGCAAGAAGUUCCAGGUGGGCCCUUCCCGUCACGUCACCUGGCUGCUGGUCAGCCUGCCUGGCUCUGCCGGAAAACGGGCACAGAGGCAAGCCAGGCUGUCCUCCUAUAGCUUGGACACAGGGAAGGACACUCUGGGGGCCGUGAGGGUGAAAUACACCGCGGCCUCGUUGUAA